UCAUCAUCGUGUAAUUUAUAAAAACAAUAUUUAAUCACCAUAAUAUAAAAUAAAACGAAAUUCAAGACCCGGUAUUUCUUACUAUGUAAUAUUUCUUUGAAAACUUCCAAUGAACAAAACACGACACGCCAUUACAAUAUUAAAUACGCUCUAAAUGUGUUCCAUUUUAUUACAUCUUUGCAAAAUAUGUCAAAACUUCACCUUUAGUAGACAAUACCACAGAUAAAAUAGCUUGUUGAGUGUGGCCGCCAGUUGCCCGCGAGCCGUACUACGGGUAGGUCGCGCCGCGCCGAUUUUAAUCGAUCGGCAUCACAUGUAAGCGCGGACCGAGAUGAACGUUUUGCCGACCGGUAACUUAUUUCGCGAACAACAAAAUGGUAGCAACAAUGCAUGUUUUAAGUGGAAAGUGCCUUUGGAGGAUUAUUGGCAACAAACACGUGGCGAGAUGGAUGAGUAUUUGCAGAAAGAAACGAAAAAAUCGGAUAAGUCGGAAAAUUCGGAAAAUUCUCAAAAGUCGGAAAUAUCGGAAACAUCUGAUCGGCCUAUUCAAAUGGAGGUCAUGCUUUGGUCUCCAUCCCCGCAAACUGUACCAGUGUCCUUCCCAGAGCCCCUCUCAGUGUCUGACGAUUGGCGCUCGCUUCCCACGCCCGCUCCGCUAGGGUCUCCAUCAGAGUGUGUGCCAGAAUCUGACCCGGAAUAUGUCAAAGAGUCUCAACCGAAGUUUUUGCCACAGUCUCACCGCGAGUUUGUACCACAGUCUCACUCCGAGUUUGUACAACAGUCUCACUCAGAAUAUGACUCAGAGUCUCAACCGGAGUUUGCCUCAGAAUCUAACAUAGAGUUUUCAUCAGAGUCUCGCUCAGAAUUUAUGCCAGAGUCUCACACAGAAUUUGCAGAAUUUCCACCAGAAUCUCACACAGAAUAUGCGCCAGAGUCUAGCACUGAGUUUUCAUCAGAGUCUCAACCUCAAUUUGCGCCAGCAUCUCACUCGGAGUUUGUGUCAGAGUCUCACCCUCAAUUUGCGCCAGAGUCUCACACAGGAUAUGCACCAGAGUCUCAAUUAGAGUUUUUGUCAGAAUCGCACACAACGUUUGCAGAAAUACCGCCAGAGUCUCACACAGAGUUUGCAGAAUUUCCACCAGGGUCGCAAACAGAAUAUGCAUCAGAGUCUCAUUCAGAGUUUGCGUCGGAGUCUCAACCACAAUUUGUGCAGGUAUCUCAAACAGAAUAUGCAUCAGAGUCUCACACAGAAUAUGCAUCAGAGUCUCACACAAAAUAUGCAUCAGAGCCUCAUACAGAGUUUGCAGAAAUUCCGCCAGAGUCUCACACAGAGUUUGCGGAAAUUCCACCAGAGUCUCACUCAGAGUUUGCAGAAUUUUCAACAGAGUCUCAAAAUGAAUAUGCAUCAGAGUCUCACGCAGAGUAUGCGCCAGAGUCCCACACAGAAUAUGCAUCAGAGUCUCACACAGAGUUUGCAGAGAUUCCGCCAGAAUCUCACACAGAGUUUGCUGAAAUUCCGCCAGAGUCCCAUACAGAAUAUACAUCAGAGCCUCACACUGAGUUUGCAGAAAUUCCGCCAGAGUCUCACACAGAGUUUGCAGAGAUUCCGCCAGAAUCUCACACAGAGUUUGCUGAAAUUCCGCCAGAGUCGCAUACAGAAUAUACAUCAGAGCCUCACACUGAGUUUGCAGAAAUUCCGCCAGCGUCUCACACAGAGUUUACAGAAAUUCCGCCAGACUCUCAUACUGAGUUUGCAGAAAUUCCGCCAGAGUCUCACACAAAAUAUACGCCAGAGUCUCACAAAGAGUUUGUGGAAAUUCCACCAGAGUCUCACACAGAGUUUACGGAAAUCCCACCAGAGUCCCACACAGAUUAUACAUCAGAGUCUCACACAGAGUUUGCGGAAAUUCCGCCAGAGUCUCACACAGAGUUCGCAGAAAUUCCGCCAGAGCCUCACACAGAGUUUGCGGAAAUACCGCCAGAGUCCCACACAAAGUUUGCAGAAAUUCCGCCAGAAUCUCAAUCCGGGUUUGCAGAAAUGCCGCCAGAGUCUCAAACAGGGUUUGCAGAAAUUCCGCCAGAGUCGCACACAGAGUUUUCAGAAAUUCCGCCAGAGUCUCACAUAGAGUUUGCAGAAAUACCACCAGAUUCUCAUACUGAGUUUACAGAAAUGGAGCAAGAGUCUCCCACAGAGUUUGCAGAUAUUCCAUCAGUGGCUCCUACAGAGUUUGCAGAUAUACCAUCAGUAGCUCUCACAGAGUUUGCAGAUAUUCCACCAGAGUCUCCCACAGACUUUGCAGACAUUCCAUCAGUGGCUCUAAGAGAGUUUGCUGAUAUGCCACCAGAGUCGCCCACAGAGUUUACAGAUAUGCCUCCAGAGUCUCCCACAGAAUUUGCAAACAUUCCAUCAGUGGCUCUCACAGAGUUUUCAGAUAUUCCACCAGAGUCUCCCACAGACUUUGCAGACAUUCCAUCAGUGGCUCUAAGAGAGUUUGCAGAUAUGCCACCAGAUUCUCCUACAGAGUUUGCAGAUAUGCCACCAGAGUCUCCCACAGAGUUUUCAGAUGUACCACCAGAUUCUCCCACAGAGUUUGCAGACAUUCCAUCAGUGGCUCUCACAGAGUUUUCAGAUAUUCCACCACAGUCUCCCACAGAGCUUGCAGAAAUUACACCUGAGUCUCUAACCGAGUUUGAAGAAAAUUCGCAAGAGUCUCACACAGAGUAUCCAGAUAUUCCAUCAGUGGCUCUCACGGAGUUUUCAGAUAUUCCACCAGAGUCUCCUACAGAGCUUGCAGAAAUUACACCUGAGUCUCUAACUGAGUUUGAAGAAAAUUCGCAAGAGUCUAACAUAGAAAUUGAUGACGAUGGAUUCCGGCGUCCCGCUCCGCCCCCUGUGCCUGAUUCGCCGCCAGAAUCUCCACUGGAGCCUUCGUUAAAGAUUCCGUUACCGAUAGCAUCUCCGUUUAUCUUACCCCUAUACUCUCCGCUAGGAGUUUCGUCAGAAUCUCACUCAGAUUUUGCAGAUAUUGAAACAGAUUCUCAAACAGAGUUUGCAUCAAAAUCUCGCUCAGAAAUUGCAACAAAGUCUCACUCAGAAAAUGCACCAGAGUCUCACUCAGAGUUUGAUGCCGACGGAUUUCGGCGUCCUGCACCACCCCCUGUGCCUGAUUCACCGCCAGAAUCCCCAAUAGAGCCUUCACUAGAUAUUCCGAUAGAGUCUCCGCUUAUCUUUCCUCUGUAUUCUCCGCUGGGGGUUCCAGUAGAGUCGAUACCAUCGCCACCGCCAGUCAUUGAAGUUUCCAGCGAUAUUUCGAAAAACGUGACUCUUUUUAAGGACGGGCAAAGUGAAACAUUAUGCGACUCUGACGACAUAAUAAUAGAACAAAUAGAUGAGAUGGAACAAAUGGAAGAGGCUGCCAAAUCUGCUAAAUCCACUAACUUUACAAAUUUUGUCAAGCCUGUCAAACCUGCCAAAAUAUCUAAGACUGUCAAGGCUGCCAAGUCUGCCAAGUCCGCCAAGUCUGACAAAUCUGCGAAGUCUGACAAAUCUGCGAAGCCUGACAAAUCUGCGAAGUCUGAUAAGUCACACAAGCCAGUGCCAGUGCUUCAGGCCCAUCGUAAGGAGCAGGUAGCUAAGACAUACGCUCACAUGUUUGUCGCGGACUCCUUCCGUCGAUUGCACCGUUGUGAAAUAGGAUCUUGCGACAAGAUUUUCACCAAAGGCUCGCAUUUAAAAGCACAUAUGCGAUCACAUACUGGCGAAAGACCGUACAAGUGUACUUGGGAGGGUUGUGAUUGGAGCUUCGGAAGGCCUGAUGAGCUGACAAGACAUAUCCGUAAACACACGGGGGCCAAGCCGUUCACCUGCCGUCGCUGCAACCAGUCCUUCUCCCGCUCGGAUCAUCUCGCUUUGCAUAUAAAGCGUCAUAAGCACCCCACCGUAACACCCACCCCGCUAACUAAACGUACCUAAACCGCACGCGUAUGUACGUAUGUUAUCGUGAUUGUAAAUAUGUGAUUUAGUUUAUAAAUGUCUGAUUGUUUAAAUUAAUUUAGAAUUGAACACUUCCUGACUGAGUAAGUAGAAAAUAUAAAAUACUUUUUUAAUAGCCUAUUGUAAAAAAAAAUGUGAUUCUGUUGUUAGGCUGUGAAUUGUGAAAGUGAAGUUUAAAAUAAUACGCGCUUAUGGUUGCUAAAUCAAGACACUAAAAGUCCGCAGAAACAUCUUUGAAUUUUUCAUCGAAAUAUCUGUAUUUCGAUAUUUAUAUCAAGUCAUUAUGUAUCGCGCGAAUCAAACAAACAGUUUCUAUCAAAUACGCGUGCCCGCGUACUUGAAUCAACUUUGUACUAAUCCGAUUCUAUUUUUAUUUAUAAAAGAAAUUUCCAUACAUUUUCAACAAACACUUUAUAUUUUCGGUCUUGUUAGGAAAAUUACGGGCGUAAAACAAUAAAAUUGGUAGAAUGAUUUUACAAUUUUAUUUUAAAUAUACUAUUUUGGUAUUAAGGUAUGGCAACCCUGUGCGCGAUGCUUCAUACAGCAUCGAACGAGUGAAUGAAUGAAUACCAUCUCGUUCAUAGCUGACUGCCUAGUCUAGUCA